GCAAAACCCGCAUUUCUUCUUCAGCUGAGCUUAUGCCAUCGCUUUACACAGAUCCCCUCCAAGUAAACCUACAUCAUGCUUUUCCUGUUUGUUAAUCAAUUGAAGUCGCCGCGUACAUGACCGAUCUGUUGAACUUUGACAAGGCCUGUCUAAUAUCUGAUCAGUUAUUGUGCCAGUUAUUAUGACCUGAAUAAAACUAUGCAUGACAUAUCAAUGUGUACACUGUGGUUGUGAUGCAUUGUAAUAGGUACUUCUGGCAGUCCUGUGCAUGACUUCAUUCAUUUCCAGGCACAUGGCCUCAGUCCAUCUGGCUUAUGUGUGGAGAGAGCUUUGAACGCUUUGAUGCUGUACCAUGGCGACCAAAAGCUCUGGGCGAGGGCUACAUCUCCAGGUGCUGCUAUUUAUGGUAUCGUCAUACUUCGUGAUACUAGAUGGCGCCGGUAAACAUCAAGAUCCCGAAUUGUUCUGCAAAACUAUACGGGAGGGCAGCAUAGUCGUGACGAAGUGCACUGACCUGACUGACGAUACACUAUACACGGCUUUACGGCAGAUCUCUUCGGACACAACCAAUUUAACAAUAGUCGACAGCGCCCUUUCGCGUCUUAGCACAAGUGGCUUCAACUUGACCAACUUAGCAUCUGUCGCGUGGAUUAUGAUUGGUCCUUGUGAAGUCGCCGCCAUUGAUGACGAUGCAUUUCUCGGCCUUCGAAAUCUCAUGUACAUUUUCAUCAAUGGAAAUCCAUUUUAUUACGCCCCUCACACGACCAAAUGGACGGAGCAGCUGCCAAUGUUAAAGGAAUUCCACAUAACUGGAUCAAAUAUGAAAAUACUGGAGGAUACGUACUUCAAUGGCGGAACGUAUGAAGUUUUAGACUUGAGCUGGAAUCACAUUGAGUUCAUUAAGGACGAAACCUUCAGCAAAUCUGAGCUUAUAAAACAUUUAGAUCUCUCGAACAACUGGCUUAUGACAAUUUCAGAAGGAAGUUUCUACGGCCUGAAGAAUCUUAAAUCUCUAGAUAUUUCAAACAACAUGCAAAUGUUCGAUGCAAUUUACGGUUCAGAGAAACCCUUUCGUUUUCUUGCCAAGUUAGAAAGUUUGAAUGUUGCAAAUACCUCACGGAUUGGAAGGUUGCCCGACACAAUCUUAUACGGCAUGCCGCAGCUUAAAUAUAUCAAUUUCAGCAAUUUGAAUAUUCAUGAAUUCCCCGCCGAGGAGCUUCGCCUUGUGGCUGAUAAUGACCUCGUAUUUCUAGACCUUUCUUUCAACAAUAUUGAACAAAUCACAUCAGAAAAGUUAAAGCCAUUUUCGUCUUUACGUGAACUUUACCUUAGAGAUUCGCACGUCCGUCUGAUCGAAAAGGCAGUUGUAUCAGACCUCCAACGCCUCACCCGUCUGGACCUUUCAGAUAACCUGUACCUUGACAUAAAACUGUUGGGCUUGUCCAGUUUGAAGAAGCUGGAGUAUCUAAGCAUUCGAGGGCUUUUCCUGGGUUCCAUUGCGGACUCCUUUUUCGAAGGACUUGACGGGCUGAAAGAGGUCGAUCUUUCAAACAACAAUCUGACGCAAAUUACUCCCGAGUGUUUGUACCCUGUUUCCUCUGCCGAAGUUAUACUCAGCGACAACCCCUGGAAUUGUAAUUGCUUCAUGCUCCCGCUAAAAGUGUGGAUAUUGACGCAUAAGUUAGACUAUAACAUAACCUGUAGUUCUCCGCAGGACGUAAGAGGGCAACAGCUACAAAAUCUGACGAACAAAACAUUGUGCCGCGUCCCUUACAUCAAAGAUUGUUGCCACGUAUCCGUCGAAGCAUACGACGGAAAUGACGUCACGGUUAAAUGCGUCACGUGGGGCGAUCCUCAGCCGAACGUCACUUGGCAGGUUUUAAAUGGAAACCCCUUCCCUUCAAACCGCACUAUCAUGAGGGAUUACAACCAAACUUUAGUACUAAAGGACUUGGGCAUGGAUAAUUCUGGAAAUUUUUCUUGUGUUGCCGCGAAUGAAAUAGGUGCAGCUACAAAGUAUUUCGAGCUGAUCGUACUGCAAUCAGCGGUCUUGGAAUAUGCAGAGAUUAUCGCCAUUGCAUGUGUGGGUAGUAUUGUUCUGUUUGCCUUGGUUUGGCUAGGCUGUUUCCUGAUUUUUAAACAGAAAUACUUUGUGUAUAAACCGUAUGUAGAUGAUGAUUCGAACGAGGAGCGUGAUUAUCUCGUUCGGGGUAUACAAGUCAGGGUUCAGGCUGACUAGAUGUUGGUUUCACAGUUGGACUUGAGAUUUUCGCACAGCCUGUCUUCAUGCUAGCGGGUGACAGUUAUUCAUUGUUGCCACAACAGUUCUCAACAGCGUGCAAAAACAAAAACCAUGAUCCUUGUACAGUGUGCAAAAAAUAAAAACCACGAUCCUUGUAAAGAAUUUAUAUUCAAAACUGUAUUAGAGUGCAAUGUUAAGCUCCAUCAUCAUAAAAUGUCUACAAAAUACGAUGAGAGUCUUUCAUCAACAUGAAACAUUUGCAGGUCAGUCACAAUUGUAUGUUAAUGGGCUGAACACGAGUUCAGCUGGGCAGUGCUUCUGAAAGGCGAUCCCACGGCCACUCACUUGAAAUGAUGCGCAAUCGUUUCGAUCCGGGUAGGUGCCAUCAGGCUUUCCUGCGCAUGUGAAUUUCGUACCUGAAAGGAUUUAAUGUCAUUUCUAAAAGUGUGCAGUUUUGGACAGAAUGGGACUUCUUCCUUUUUCAAAUUUUAACAAAGAAAAUGCCCUAAGUGAGUUGACUGGCCUACUACACCGGUUGCUCUGUUGUACGAAAUUCCCUUCUCCAAAAAGGUGGUACUUGAUUAAGCAGUGUACGAAAGACUAGGAGUGACGGCUCAGUUUUAAGAUGGGAUGAUUUUUGGUUACGUUUUCUAUCUGUGUCAAAUGGGAAUUAAAUUCCCACAUAGCGCCUCAUACACGUAACCAUUAGACUCGCCACACAUGUUGUGGGCGUUAGGAUUCCCUACCUGGUUUCGGUGUUGGGCCUACUGGUCUUUUAGUAGGUGUGAUUGGUCCAGUGGUCAGCUCGGGCCCACCGGUUUGUGGAAGCGGCUUAACGCUGAAGAAUGGAAAAACACAUUUUCUUCUCAGCGAUACAGACAUUUUUCAUGAAAUAAAACCUGUUCUGAAUGAAAAUUACCGAUAAUGUUUUAAAACUUUGUGUAAUUUGUAUUAGUCUAGGGGUUAUGACGUUGAAUGAAUGAAGUCUUGAAUCCAAAGAAACCU